AUGUACAGACAAGCACCGUACGACGCUCACCUCUCCCUUCAAGUUCUCAAUCCUGUGGAGCAUCGCAAAAAAACCGACAAGUGCCAACCCCUAUCGAGUUUGUUGACAACAAAAAAAAACGACAAAUCGCACAUCAUCAAUCUAUUAACCACAUCCAUGUUCGAUCCAACGAGUCCAUCGGCAGAGCGGAAUGGUGGUGCAGGUGAAAGUACCAACAAUACGACAACGUCGUCUUACCCAAGUCCGUAUGCACCAGUUACAUAUCGACCAUUGACAUCAACACCUUCGUCAUCUUCAAUUUUUAAUGUACCCGGUUCGACCUCAUUGAAUUCACUGGAUGAUCAACAACGUCGAACGGACUUCUCAUCCUAUGCGGGAACAUCACCACCGUUCUCAACAGCCCAAGAUCCAUUAGCCGCUUCGAGCUUCAUGACAUAUCCUAUGUUCGAUCCGGAACAGUAUGCCAAUACACAAUACUAUUCACGUUAUGUUACAGCCGGUUCGCAUAUUGAUCCGAGCACGCAAACAGCGUUUUUACCUUAUUUUCAUCCAUCAUAUCGACAAGGACUUGGUACAACAUGUAAUGUUAACAAUAUUCCAAAUGGUAAAAAUGAUACAUAUAUAUGUAAAUGGGUUGAUCCUGAUACACACCGAAUAUGCAAUCGUGCAUUUGGUUAUAUGCACGAGAUUGUUACUCAUCUUACUGUUGAACAUGUGGGCGGUCCUGAACAAUCAACACACACAUGUUUAUGGGUCGAUUGUCCAAGACAUGGCCGUGCAUUUAAAGCAAAAUACAAAUUGGUCAAUCAUAUUCGUGUGCAUACCGGUGAAAAACCAUUUGCAUGUCCGUUCGCUCGUUGUGGAAAAGUGUUCGCUCGAUCAGAAAACUUGAAAAUUCACAAACGAACACAUACAGGAGAACGACCAUUUCGAUGUCAAUAUUGUGAAAGAAGUUUUGCUAAUAGUUCCGAUCGAAAGAAACAUCAACAUGUUCAUACAUCCGAUAAACCAUAUAAUUGUCGAGUCAGUGGAUGUGAUAAAACUUACACUCAUCCAUCAUCUUUACGUAAGCAUAUGAAAAUGCAUGAAUCUCAAGGUCAGGAUUCCACUUCCUCGACAGCAACGAAUUCAUCAUCUGGUUCGAUCAAUGAUUCGUGUUUGAAACGGAAUAAUCUUCAUCGGCGUGGUGGCGAGAACGAACGGUCGCCCUCACCAUCCUCACGAAUGCAUCCUCAUUCCCAGCGACGUCGUCGCUCGUCUCGAGACAGUAUAAAUACCCAUCUUCAUCACCAACAUCCACCACCACAACAUCAUCAACAACAACAAUUACUCCAACCAAAUCAUUCAUCAAUGAAUACCACAACAACUACAGAUAGUUGUUCCGAUUCACCCCCAUCGUUUGAAAACUUAGCACCAAUGAAAGCCGCUUUAGCACGUAUGCAUCAUCCUCAGCAAGCACCAGCUCAAUCUGCGACAUCAACAGAUUGGCCAUUGCAUAUGCACACAAUGAGUGCAUACCAUCAUCCACACGUUUAUCAUCCCCAUCAUGCUGCUGCUUUACAACAACAUUAUUAUCAUCGACAAACUGGACUUAAUUUUUGA